UAAAUCGUAUGACAGUUGUACAGCAGAGUAGGCAAAUUAAAUACACUUAACAUAAAAUAAUACAAACUCAAGUCGUUAGUGCACACGCCGAUUGGAAGUCUAGAAUCUAGCAGCUUAUGUUGGAAGUGUCUCGCCUCAUGUUUCUGACUGUUGAAGCGACCACACAGCCAACAUGAACGAGUUUGAGAUAAAGGAGGUUUUGCGCCAUAUCGGCGCGAAUCACAAGCAGACGUGUUCUGAACUGGACAAAGUUAAAGAAUACAUCACGCAAGCUUUACAGCUCCUGAUUCAACACAGAGACUCGGUCAUAGAGAUCGCCGGCGGGUUGGAAUACAUUAGGCUUCGUAAGGCUGUGGAUGUGCAAGUCUGCCUUCACCUCCAGAAGGCAAACCAGUUAAUCACAGAAGCACUACAGAGUGGAGUCCAGCGGAACACGGCUCUGUGCAUGUCGAUUCAGGAAGAGACUGAGGGGCUGCAGGACAAGCCCACUGUUGUGAGUGAAGACCAGCAGAACGCGGCUCUGUGCCUGUCGAUUCAGGAAGAGACUGAGCAGGACAAGCCCAUUAUUGAGACGAGGGAGGAUGAGGAUGUGCUGCAGGUCGUAGUCACUACGGUGAAAGAAGAAGCUGAAGUGGACGCCGCUGCUGCCGAUGACGAUCAGGAUGACCUUGAAGUUGAUGCCGAUGCAGCCAACGCCGUGUCUGCUGAUUAUCACGCCUCCAAUGACUCUGCUGCUGCUGCUGCUGCUACAGGUGCUGCAGCUCAACAGGCUAUUGCAGAAGGUUCCAAAGACACUGCCGUGGAUCAUGCAACUAUUGAAGCUGAAUCAGAUGCAGAGGCUACAAAUGUUGAGGCUGCUACUACAGAGGCUGAGAGUGUUGCUACUGCUGUAGCUGGUUCUGAGGGAGCUGACACUGAGCAAGUUGCUACUGCUGGUGCUACCACCCACGCUUCUCGCAGAAGAAGAAUUGCUGGUCAAAUUUCUGCUUCUGAUGCUACUAACCGUGCGUCCACCAGAAGAGUUGCUAGUCAGGUUGCUACAGCUGCUGAUGCUACCCGCGUUUCCCGCAGAAGAAUUGCAAGUUCUGAUGAUCCUACCACCUGUGUGUCCACUAGAAGAGUUGCUAGUCGGGUUGCUGCAGCUGUUGAUGCUACUAGCAGUGUUUCCAGCAGAAGAAGAGUCCCCAAUCAAUUUGCUACUUCUGAUGCUACUAACCCUGAGUCUCCCAGGAAAGUUGUUAGUGAAGUUGGUACACCUGCUGAUGCUACAACCCAUGUGUCCAGAAGAAGAGUUGCUAGCCAAGUUGAUACAGCUGUUGAUGCUACCCGUGUUUCCCACAGAAGAGCUGCUAGUCAGAUCGUUAAAGCUGAUGAUGAUUCAAGUAGUGUUUCCUGCAUAAGAAAUGUUGCUGGCCAACUUCCUACUUCUGAUGCUACUAACCAUGUGUCUCCCAGAAAAGUUGUUAUUGAAGUUGGUCCACCUGCUGAUGCUACUACCCAUUUGUCCAGAAAAAGAGUUGCUAGUAAAGUUGAUUCUCCUGUUGAUGCUACCCGUGUUUCCCGCAGAAGAGUUGCUAGUCAGAUCGUUAAAGCUGAUGAUGAUUCAAGUAGUGUUUCCUGCAUAAGAAAUGUUGCUGGCCAACUUCCUACUUCUGAUGCUACUAACCAUGUGUCUCCCAGAAAAGUUGUUAGUGAAGUUGGUCCACCUGCUGAUGCUACUACCCAUUUGUCCAGAAAAAGAGUUGCUAGUAAAGUUGAUUCUCCUGAUGAUGCUACCCGUGUUUCCCGCAGAAGAGUUGCUAGGCAAGUUGAUACUGCUGUAGAUGUAACCCGUGCUUCCCGCAGAAGAGUUGCUAGUCAAGUUGAUACCCCUGCUGAUGCUAAUGGUGUUCCCCGUACAAGAAGAGUUGCUAGUUCUGAUAAUGCUAGCACAACUGUGUCCCCUAGAAGAGUUGCUCGUCAGGUAGCUACAGCUGAUGAUGCUACUAGCAAUGUUUCCCACAGAGGUGUUGCUAGUCAAGUUUCGACUGCAGCUGAUGCUACCCAAGUGUCUCCCAGAAGAGAAGCUAGUCAGGUUGCUACAGCUGAUGAUUCUACUAGCAGAGAAAGAGUUGUCGUUCAAGUUUCUGCUGCUGAUGCUACAACCCAAGUGUGCACCAGAAGCGUUGGUAAAGUUGCUGCUUCUGACGCUAGCAGUAUUUCCAGCAGAAUAGUUGUUGGCGAUGUUGCUUCUUCUGAUGCUCCUACCCGAGUGUCCCACAGAAAAGUGACUGCUGAUGUUGCUGCUGCUGAUGAGGCUACCAUUGUUUCCCACGAAAGAGUGCCUGGUCAAGUUGCUACAUCUGAUGACGUUACCUGUGUAUCCAGAAAAAUAGUUGGCAGUCACAUUUCUACUCCUGAUGACACUACCCACCGAAGAGUUGGUGGCGAUGUUGCUACUGUUGACGAUUCUGCCAGCGUUUCCUGCAGAAGAGUUGCUGGCAAUGUUGUUAUUGCUGACGACUCUGCCAGCGAUUCCCGCAGAAGAGUUGCUAGUCAAGUUGCUACUGCUGAUGACGCUACCAGCGUUCCUCGCAGAAGAGUUGGUGGUCAAGGUAACCAGUUGAUGGAAAAAACAUCUACUUUGUGA